UCCUACCCUCUCAGUAUAAAUACGAAAUGCAUCAGCUUUCACUCUACAAACUCACAAGAUUCUCCAUCACAACUAUUUGUACCUCAAAAUGGAUGGACUCAUUAAGAUGUUACUUGGUUUAGGUCUUGUAUUUUUACUUACAGGUGCAUCUGCGUUUCCUGGUAAGAGCCACAGUGGAGGUAAAGAUGACCCUGUGCUUCAGUAUGUUGUGAACAACUCACUGAGGGAGAAUCCUGUCCUCACUAAACUCAGACAGAAAACCCUUGAGGACCCAUGGAGCAUUAUGAUGGUUGCUAGUGAACAGGCCCAACUGAUGGCAAAUCUGCUUAAAUUAAUAAAUGCCAACAAAACUAUAGAAAUUGGAAUGUACACAGGGUACAAUGCGCUGAGCAUGGCACUGGUGCUUCCUGAGAAUGGCCGUGUAGUGGCUUGUGAAAUAGAUGACUUAUAUGUGGACAUCGCCAAGCCUUUCUUUAAAGAGGCUAGAGUUGAAGAUAAGAUUGAUGUUCGUCUUCAAACUGCUAUAAAAACGCUGGAUGAGCUGUUGAAAGCUGGAGAGGCUGGCACAUAUGAUUUUGUAUUCAUCGACGCUGAUAAAAGUAACUAUAACAGAUACUAUGAGAAGUCUCUGGAGCUCCUGAGGGUAGGAGGAAUCAUUGCCAUUGAUAAUGUGCUGUGGAGUGGUAAGGUGGUGGACCCUGCCCCCGAUGACCUGGUCUCCAAAACCCUGGACGCCCUCAAUAAGAAACUGCACAAGGAUGAGAGAAUUGAUCUGAGCAUGCUCACCGUGGGAGACGGACUGACCCUGGCCAUCAAGCGCUAAUUUAAUACUAGUAAAAACUUCAUUUCAAAGGACUGACUGAAAGAACACUAUUGAUCUAACUUUACAUCUAGGAGAAGACGAAUUACAUUAUCACAUGCAUGUGGACAUUAAGAUAAUAAACUUCUAAUGAAG